AUGAACACGUACCAGAGUACGACGAUGGCGACGCGGAGACAGAUGCAGCCGGGGAUGUAUGCGAGAGGAGGAGCGCAUGCAGUGAAUAGAUGCCGGUCCCAACUGCCCCCGAGGAAAAGCCCAGCGCAGGUGCCGAGGUAAGGGAGAUUGCAACGAUUUUUUUACUUGGGGUCCUUUUAUAAAAACAACGAUUUUUCAAAUGUGCAUAGACUUUUUUGCGUUGUGGACAGUUCAACUGCGUCGUCGCGAAUUUUGCGAGGCGAACGACAUUGCACAGCGUAAAAAGAAUCAACGUGGACUGCGCGAAAAAAGGCGGCGCACUUUUCAAAAAACAGCUACUAGUCUGUCGAGUAAAUAAAGCGGAUUUGGUAGCAAAGCAUCCUGCCUCGCCACAGUCGCACAAAAAAUCCACAGCCGCGGCUACUCGUGGCAAAGCGGCGAUGGGCGAUUUCCACGUUAUUUUCCCGACUGACAGAUAUGCCGUUGGGAUCUUCUUGAUAGUACUGUUGGGCUAAAAGUUGGGUAUUCUGUUGAUAGGAGAGGUGUUCGAAGUGCUUAGAUUGCCGUUUUCUUUGACAUGGGAGACUCCUCUAGCUUUUGCAGAAACAUGAAGACUUUGGAAACUGACAGCAUUUUUUUACGAAACUAUCAAAGUCAUAGCCAAAGCGCGUUUUCAUACCUGACCGCGCUCUGCAUUUUUGGUGUCGAUCGGAGGCGAAAGACUGUUGAAUGUUCGGUUGCCUCUGUAAACUCCGAGCUGAAAUUUUCAACAAUUAUUAUGUCACCUAACCCGACGUACAUGCAAAAUUUAAAAUGGAAGAGCUUCGUAUGUCAGCCCAAAAAUUGACCUGAAAUACGCUCAUACCCAAUUCCCCGCAAUUUACCCAUUGACUCGAAAAAUUGCGUCAAAAAGUCACUCAAAACAUACCUUUUCCAAAAAUUUUUUUUGAGUUACACCUCCACCAAACCCGGUCUCUCGGAAAUGUUGGGAUGAUAUCAUCAAUUUUCGGGACAUUACUCAUUCGGACUUUCGAUAUUUUUUGGCAUUUACUAUUCCUAUUUAUUGUCGCAUAAAACAAUGAAAUUUGAGUUUUAUGGCCAGCGAAAUGGUCGGAUUGCGGGACCAACUGGGUGUGAAUUUUAUGGCAAGGUAUGAGAAAUUCGAUUUUUUUUUUUGAGAUUUUUCAAGUUUUGGCAAAUUUUUAUGACCUGAUUUUUGGAUUAAAAAACGUGAUUUUUAGGUAAAUUAAGGUCGAAUUUGAUUAAAAUAUGGUAGACUUUUAUAAGGGGGUUUUUGUGAUUUACUGGCCUAAAAAUUUAAUUUUGACCAAUUUUUUGUACAAAAAAACGUUUUUUGGUAUUGCAAAAGUGAUUUUUUGGACAUUUAGAUAUCUUAGAGGAACAUUCAGGCCUUAAAAUUGAUUAAACACCUCAAUUUCUAUCCAAAACGUUGUUUUUUUUAUCAAGAAACAAGAUGAUUUUUGCCUACUAGUCGCGACAUAAAGUCCGUAGAAUUUUUCGCGGCCCCCAAAUUCCGUCGCGCUCCGAAAUGUUGAUUUGUCGCUGCGAAAAACGGGAAUCGCGCGCGACAAUAAGGCAAAAUCAACAAAAUUGCACAGUGCAAAAUGUGUUUUCGGGUGAAUGCACAGUGCAAAAUGCUUUUUCGGGUUUAUGCACAGUGCAGAAAAUUCUACGGACUUUAUGUCGCGACUAGUAAAACAAUAUAAUUUUGGCCUUUACUUACGGGGAAAGUACCCCAAGUGCGACGCUCAGAUUUUGAUGAAACUUGGCACAAAUUUAGAAUAAUUUUUUCUAGGAUAUAUGCGAGACUCCUAGCACGCGCUUUCAAGAAACAACCGAGAUGUUUAGAUCGAAAAAAAUUUGUCACUUCUUGCCGAAUUUCGGCACGAAACGUUUCAUGCCUAUUUCCACCAUAGAGGGUAAUGUCUCAACAAAAAUCAAUUUUUUCCGCACGAAACUAACAAGUUAUGAUCAAAAAGUGUUUUUCACUCUGGCCGCCCUCCACGGUUAGCAUGCUGUUUCGGCGGCAAGGAUCGUUCAAUAUCUCGGCGGCGCUUGCAAAGCGCGAGCUAAAACUUUGAGGAAUUGAUAUUUAGUUCGUGCCCGACAUGUGUAUGCCAAAUCUAGUGAAAAUCUGAGAGUCGCAUUUGGGGUACCCUUGUUAGCGAAUUUCCCAAUCAAACGCCUUACUUCCCCGUUCACCCUGAUGGUGACAUCAACCUCGUCGUUUAUCAGCAGCCCCCUAAACCGAGUUAUUCUCUCGAGUUUUCGGGAGGGUUUCGUCCUCAGGGGCCGGUAAUAUAAUUGAAGAAUUGAGAGUGCCUUAAAAGAGCCCAGUUUAUGACCAGUUUCGGCGACGGAGCGGGCGGAUAAACGGCUCGGUCAAAGUUUUAGCCACCGCCUGGGGCAUGAUUGGAUUACAAAUAUAGAAUUUAGAUUAUAGUAGCUUCAAGAGGUGGGGAAAUUUUUUGCGAUGGGUGAAUAAAGUGGGGAGGAGUGGUAAACGUGAUAAUUCUGAUAAGUCGGGCUUGAUUUGGUUUUUAAAGGCGAUUUUAGGCAAAAAAGUCACCUAAUUCAUAUGAAAAAACGAAAAAUUAACCAAAACAGGGCUGAUUUUCCCAGUAAAUCACAAAAAUCGUCACUAAACUUUUCAAAAAAUCAGAUUUCUCACAAAUUUUUUAUUUUCAGUACUUUCAGAAAUUCCUAUGACAUGAGUUCAAGUCGCGGGAUCCAAUCGACAAAUCUCCCCUCACAAUUAACCGUGGUCCUGAUGGGAGCACCAAGGGUAAGUUUAAAAAGUUUUGAGCUUCGAUUUUCUUCAUAUUUGGCAAAGAUAAUCCUAAUAUUGGAAAUUUUAGCUCUCUCUUUGUGGUCGCAGCGGAGAUACUACGAAAUUUUUGUCCAAGAGAGUAUACGUAAUGAGGAGAGACGGUCAGAGAAAAAAUAUUUUUGGACCAAAUGUUUGAUAAUUUUACGUGGAAAAAUUGAUUUCUUUUUGUGGAGAAAAAUUUUACUUCACGGUGAAAAUAAUACCAGAUUUUUGCUAGAAAAACCGAAGAAAACCUCGAUUUUUUGCAUUUUUUGGCCGAAAAAUGAUAGUGUUUUCUGAAAAUUAUGAUUCCUGUAUGUGUCUCACACAAAAUUUUUAGGCGUUUUUUUUUAAAAUGUGUGAAAAAAUCAAAAAAAAAAAUCAAAAAAUUUUUUUUUGUUUUAACUUUUUUCACUCAAAAACAAACUUUUUUCAGGUAGGCAAAUCGACCCUUGUCAAUCAGUUCCUUUGGGAGGCCUUUAUCCGCGAGUAUCGGCCAACAGUCGAGGAGUUUAAUUGGAUCGAAUACGAAGUGGAGGACGGAGAACUGCUGGUCCAAAUCAUCGACAGCAGCGGAUCUCGCGACUUUCUGGCAAUGAGAGAUCUCUAUUACAAGCAAGGGGACGCUUUCAUGGUGGUUUAUGCGGUGGACGAUCCGGGAUCGUAUGCGGAGGCGGUUCAGAUCAUCCAGGAGAUUCAAGUCAAAAGCCCCAAAAAUGUGAGUUUCCGAUUUUAGGUUUUUUGGAAAAAAUAAAAAAAUUUUUGGAUUUUUUUGCAAAAAAAAAAAAAUUUUAAAUUUUUUAGUAAAAAAUAAAAAAAAAUAUUUUUUUAAAUUUCUUAUAUUUUUUGCAAAAAUCUGGUCCAAAAUGGGCUUCAAAAAAUUUAUUUUUCCCUAUCCACUAGUAACGGAAAUAUUACGCAAUCUUUUUUUCGGAGAGAGCACAGAAAAUGAAGAGAGACGGUCAGAGAAAAAAAGUCUUUUGGCUUUUUCCUUGCAGAUGUCGCUCGGAAAAAAUUGAUUUUUUAUAGAAAUAUUUUACUCCUCAUUUUUAAGAAAGACUGAUUUUUUCAAGCCUUGAAAUUAAAAAAAACAAAAAUUUUUGACAUUUUUCAGCUUGAAAUCUAUGAUUUUUGCAAAACUGAAACUAAAAAUUGCAAAUAUGCCUUGAAAAAUUCUAACCAAAAUUUGUGUCAAGUUCGAGAAAAUUUUAAGCCAUUUUUUUAUUUAUUUUUUCUAAUUUCUCGAAACACAUGCACAUUUCGUAUUUUACAAUGGAAAAAAACUUCAAAAAAUCUCAAGAAUUAGACUCUUUUUUCCAAUUAAAUCCCCUCAAUUUUCCAUUUCAGGCGCCGGUUUUAUUGGUGGGUAAUAAAGCGGAUUUGCGGGUCCCCGAUGCGAAUGGGAACGUGUGGCCGCCGGAGGCGAAUCCUCAAGAAUAUGCGCGACGAAAUCGCAUUCCCAUGGUCAAUAUCACUGCCAAACAAUUGAAGGAGGUAAAAAUUAAAAAAAAUUUUUUUUGGAAAUAGAUUUUUCGACAAAAAAUACUUUUUUUUUUAAUUUUUGAGUCGCAAUUCUUUCAAGUCUAAAUUAUUUGCCCAAAAGUUCUCAUUUUCCCCCCAAAAAUCUCAUUUUCCCCAUAUCUGACCUAAUUUUCCCAGGUUCAACACGUCUUCUGGACCCUCAUGGACAACCUCCGCUUGUCCUGCACGCCUUCCGAGCUCCAACUCAAGAAGCGUCGCCAAUCCAUGCCCUCCAGACGGACCGCUUCGGACUUGGGCAUCGACUCGGCGGCGCUGGAACAACUGGUUAGGAAACAUGACAAGAAACAACGGGCCAAUUGUAUUGUAAUGUAA